AUGCCCGUCCCCGCCAUGGAUAGUGACUUUCAGCUGUUUUCCCCCACUCAGUCGUCGGAGAGGAGAGGGUCAAAUACAGAUGGCAUGAAUUUCCCACAAUCAACCACAGACGAACAGAGUCAGGAUUGGACACAAUGGAUGCGAUGGGAUGACCAGGCGUUUCCCGAACCCCCCAAAGACAACUCAAAAUCUCCCUUCGAUCUCCCCCUUAUGUCACCCCACACCUCUCUAGGACAGCCCGGUAGUGCGCUGCAGUCAACCUUCUCGCCGGAUAUCUCGUUUGGCUUCACCAGUCUCCCGUUUGAACCCCUGCUCGGAGACGGCAGUAUGCUCUCUCAGACAACGUCUAACGAUGGAAGAACGACGAGACAGCCAAGCUCCAGCUCUCCCAUCUCUGCCGGUACCACUCGGAAGCGCAAAUCGAGUAGCGACGAAGAUGGCUCCACCGUAAGUGGUUUGGUGCAGAAUGGUAAAAAGAUGCCGUCAAAGAAACGAGCCCACAAUGUCAUCGAAAAACGAUAUCGUGCCAACCUGAACGAGAAGAUUGCCGAAUUGAGAGAAAGCGUGCCCAGUCUGCGAGGCGGAUCGAAGGAUGCAAAUGGAAACACGCAGGAUGACGAUGAUGAUGGAGCCACUCAGGCCAGCAAGAUGAACAAAGCAUCCAUUCUCGCCAAGGCGACAGAGUACAUUCGACACCUGGAGAUUAGAAACAAUAGGCUCGAAGAUGAAAACACAGCACUGAAGAACCGACUACGACAAGUGGACAAGGCCGCUGAACAGACAGUAACAUCCGCCGCCUCAGUGUCAUCCCCGAGCAACUACACCGAGUCAGGGGCUAGUUCUUCUCCCAGCGUAUUUUCACACGCCGAAGACAUCCCAAGUGACCAUUCCCCAUCUUCCAGCCACCCACCUGAAGGCCUUAUCAAGGUUCCUGACUCUUUCAAACGCAUGCGGGAGGCCUCUAAGCAAAACAAUGCUUACUCCCAGUCAUACAUCCAGUACGAAAGUCCUAGAGAAACUUCACAAGAAAGCGGUGGCCGUCGACGGUUCAAUUUCCCGAACAAAUACAUGGUUGGGGCCCUUGCUGGUCUCAUGGUCCUCGAGGGAAUGGGCACAGAAAAGGAUACCGAAUCCACACAGAAGGGGCUUUUCGCCGUCCCGCUCAACCUAAUCAACAAUAUCGAACUCCCAUCGGUCGGCUACUGGCAUGCAGUCCUUCGAAGCUUUUGGCUCUCGUGGCAUGCAAGAGCCAUUUCCCAUUUCCUUGUCCUCGCCACCCUGGUCGUCGGAAGUGCGUUUAUCGUGUUUGUAUAUCUCUUCAAUUCGCAUCCAGGUCGCACCUUCACCAAAUCAGCACCCGUAUCAGACACUACGGUCUUGUCCGCAACAAACUUCCGACGACAGGCCUGGCUCACUAGCAUUCAAAGCGUUGGAGUACCACGCCACACAUUCUUUCACGAGUGGUAUGUAGUCACCUCGCGAUGCAUCGAGUACGUCCUUAGGUGUCUCGUGGGAUGGAGAUUCUACUCCUGGGCCACUGGAGUCACCGAGGAUGAUGAAAAGGGUCGAGUGAAGACGUGGGACAUUGCAAUCGAUGCACAACUCGCUGGCGGUGAUGCGGAGAUUAGCAAAAGCCGGUUGGUUCUUACCAUUUUCGCCGCGGGUACCCUACCACGCAGCCCAAUGAGAAUGAUGUUGAAAGCCCUUCACGUUCGCCUUCUUCUUUGGAGAGUGGGCAACCCGGGAUCAUGGAGUUUCAACAUUUCCAAUGAUAUUGCCCGUGCCUUGGCCGGAUAUCAAUGGGAGCUUGCUAGGAAAAAGCACCGAUCUUUGCCUAAAGAACACCCCGACGCUCUGCCAAGUCAUUUAGCUGCUUUGCUAAAGAUUGACCUUGACGAUGUGAUGCUUGAUGCCAUCGUUCAGCGAGCAGCAAAUCUCACCUGGAACCGACCUACACAAGAGGGGGCUGAUGAUGACGAAGCCCUGCUGGAUGUUGUGGAAGAGGACCCGGCAAUUCAAUCUUCGUUGGAUGCCCUUGCUGCCUGGUGGUCUAGUCAUAUAUUGCAGCGUGCGCUCUUGAAAUACUUUGAAGCAAGCUCAGGCUCCCCCGAGGCAAAGAAGAGCCGAGACAUUUUCAAGGCUCAAAUCAGGCUUGCACUUGACGUUGCUCCACAACCCUCUGCGGCUCACACCCGUGCUCUGGUCAUGAAGGCAAUCUUUUUCGAGCAAGACCGUGUCGAGAACAUUGGAAUGGUUUUAGCAGCGCUGCCAAGUGAGAAGCGCAAGGGGAAACGAAGUCGUGCCUCGAACUUCUUGGAUUCUUCGCUCCCUGUUUCCACCCGUGAAGAAAUAUCGAUUGCAGUUCGCUGUGCUAUGAUUGCCGCUAUUUUUACAGCCGAAACCAAUGGCGACACAUCACUGCCCCCAUCUUUCAAUAUGCAGAGGGCUGUCAAGUGGUUUAAUCAACUUCCUCUCGAUCCAGUAGAGCUGACGCUUCUUGGAUUCGCUGCUGUUUAUCACUUGCUUCACGUUCUUGCUUCCGACACGGAUUAUUUGUCUUCGUCGGAUUCGUCUUCUUCGACACCCUUAUCCAAGACACCUAACUCUUCUGCUUCAUCAUCUGCUGAUGAUGAGGCGGAUGAGGAUCCACACCCAAUGCGCGAACGUGAAUUCUCACCUCAGUCAAUCCCCAACCUGGGCCGCGUGGCUUCCGAAUUGAUGUACUGGGCACGGAAUGCCUACAACCCUGCUUUCUACGGGUUUACUCCUGAUUUGGUGGCAUUGAUUGAGAAAGAAUGCACUUUCCUGUGCAACAGCGCUGGUAUUAAUGUGGCCGACUAUUCCCAUGUCCACGAGGACAAACUGAAAACCAAAAGGAAGAAGGACAAAAAGAAGAGGAAGUCGUCCAGACACCCUUACGAGUCUGUACUACUUUGGAGGAAUGGUUGUUCGGUAUGCUUUGAGGCGUUCAUGGUUGCUCUUUACUGCUCUUUAUAUUUUCCCUGUCUGCCAGGAACGUGUUGA